CGUUGUUGCAUUUUCCACACGAUCAAGAAACUAUUUUAGCUACAAUCUGCAUUGCGAAGCCCUGGCUUCCUGCAAGAACCAAAGCACACAAGCAGCCAUGGCUGGUUCGUCUCACGAGGAGGUUCAGGCCACGGACUCUGGGGAGCCCUUGGAGAACAGUGAGGCCCUCGGCACUGGUGAGCCAUCAGAGGCCAUUCAGAGGCCGAGCAUCAAUGAGCCCUCGGAUGAGGCCAGUGUCGCUUGUCAUUCGCCUCAUCCACCAACUGGCUUGGAUGAGCCUGGCGACACCAGCAGCGAUCAAGAUGUUGUGGCAGAGCCCCCCAAGCCUAGCUUCACGGACCCUGAGAACAAUCCUGAGUAUCAGCGCCUCAGAGGAGUCCAACUUGAGAUUGCGGGUAAGAUGCUGGCGCUGGAUUGCGGAACCACUGAUCCAGCCAAGACCGCAGCCUCGCUUGCACUCUACCCAAAACGCUAUAUCGACAUUUCCAACGACGAGUGCCAGGUCAUCUGCUACCAUCAUGGCAGCGAGGGCGGUGGCUGGCUGGAGCGUCUAAAGAAUGAGAAGGCGACAUUGGAGAACGAGAAUAGCGAACUUGUGGCCGAGAAUAGAAACCUGAAGGCCGAGAACAGGAACCUCGGGGCUGAGAAAGACCGGCUUGAGACUCGCGCCAAAGCGGAUGCUUCCGAAAAGCUAUCUCUGAGAUCAAAGUUGGCGAUGUCCAAUUUGAACAAGAAGUGGCUUGUGGAUGGCAUGAGGGGCCUCGAGGCGCCCGUCCAUGACGUAUUUCAGACGCUUCGGUGCAGCGUGCAGUGGUACGAAGAGUCCGAGAAGGCUGAGAAGACUGAACAAGCCGAGAAGGCUGAGCGAGCCAAGCUAGCCAAGCUGGGUAAAAAAGUCGAAUUGGCGGAGCAGGAAGAGCAGGAAGAGCAGGCCAAGGGGGAAGAGCACAUCCAGCCUGGCAUUUCAAGCCAAGAUGCUGCGUCGGCAGUACUUCAGCCGGCCCCCGAUUCACCCAAGCCGGCGCUCGAACCGCGCGAGGUGUCCGAAAUGCCCGAGCCUGCCGACGCGCCGGGUCCUUCGGCGCCUGGUAGCACCAAGCGGAACGGCGACCACGAGGGCGGCGCCGUGGCCAACAAGCGGCCCAAGACAGCCGGUGAGAGCACCGGCCAGCGCAAGCCCGAACUCCUCGGCGCCUUCGGCUCGAUCGGCCUUGCCGAUAUCGGGUACCUCUUUGACCUAACGCGCAAGGUGGUCCCGGAAAUCGCCUGGACCCAGGUCCUGGAGAUGAAGCCCAUGCCCCGAGGGUUCCGCUGGCCCGAGAGGUCGGACCAGAUGUGGAUCCUGCGCUGCCCGUUCCACCUGGACCGGAAGCCCUGCCCGCUGAGCGGCAACACGGGCUGGUACGACAUCCCCCCGACCGGUGGUUGGGGCUUUGGCGUGAACCACCUCUGCGCCGAGCACCAGUAUCCGCAUCUAGACCUCAAGACCCUCAUCGAGAGGCACGGCACGAGAAUUAUCCCUAAUUCCUUCUAUUAUAGAAUGCUGCCGCCCAACUUCGCGGCCAAAGUCGAGGAGGAGACCAAUGAUGAGGAUGCCAAGGCAGACAGGAUCCAGAGGGCCAAGCACAUCGCUGUGCAGGCCCGUGUGUUCAGGAAGAAGUUCCGGGGCGACUGAUGCGCUACUCGGGGGAUGUCUUUUCCCCUCAGGCCAACGGGACGAAGAGUGGAAUAGGCAGUGCUUCCCUUGGGCUGGCUACGACUAGUUUUUGAUAGAAAAGAUACAUAGUCGCAUUGUAGCCCUAGUAGUGGCCUCGCCUCGCCAUGUUCUGACAUGGGGCAGCAAUCCCAACGUUCCUAUUUUCUUCACGGAAUAUCUC